GCAGCAGCCCGUCCUUAUCGUCGGAGAACCCCCCCCCCCCUUUCUUUAGAGGUGAGGAUUCAUAUAGACGGGUAUCAUUAAAAAGGAUAAAUAAAUAAAGGGGCAAUAGCGAGCUGACAGCCUUUGAUUAGAGGCAAUGGUGAAAAUUACUUUUCAGUCCGUCGCGGGACAGAAAGUGGAAAAGGAGAACGAUGGCGACAAGACCGAAAUUCUCAUUCCGCAUCCGGCGGAUGAGGAGGACCUUGUCCUGCCAUUGUGGCCCAGGAAAUCUCCCCUUAAUGGCCUUUGCUGCCUGACCUUUGGCCUAGUGGUCUUCAUGUCUGGUCUGGUUCUGGCCUCCAUUUAUGUCUACCGCUACUACUUCAUACCUCAUAUGCCAGAGGAGAACCUGUUCCACUGCAGGGUCCUGUAUGAAGACUCGGUGUAUACCCCAUUGGGUGGGCGCCAAGAACUGGAGGAAAAUGUUGGUAUCUACCUGGACGACAACUACGAGCAGAUCACCAUUCCUGUGCCUCACUUUGGAGGCAGUGAUCCUGCGGACAUCAUCCAUGACUUCCACAGGGGACUGACCGCCUAUCAUGACAUUGCUCUGGACAAGUGCUAUGUCAUUGAGCUCAACACCACCAUCGUCAUGCCUCCACGCAACCUUUGGGAGCUGCUUAUCAGUGUCAAGAAGGGAACAUACUUGCCUCAGACCUACAUCAUCCACGAGGAGAUGGUGGUGACUGGAAAGGUGCGCAACAUGCGCCAGCUGGGACCCUUCAUCUACCGCCUGUGCAAUGGCAAGGACACAUACAGCCUGAAGCGUCGCACCACCGACAGACGCAUCAACAAGCGUGAGACCAACAACUGCCACAACAUCCGUCACUUUGAGAAUACUUUCGUGGUAGAGACGGUCAUUUGCGAUGAAGCGUAAAUGUGACGGCUAAUCUCCCCACCAUCCAACCCUGCCUCCCGCAUAUUUAUUCCAAGUCAAGUCUGAGUCACACUCUACCAAUGGAUUUCAUUUGAAGUCCAUUUUAAAGCUUUUGCCAUAUUUUUCAUAGAUAAUAUUUUCUCCCCUUAAGUGUGUUGCAAUAAUGUUUUCUUGAAGGAUUAAUAAUUUUCCAUGUAGCAAAAUCUGCCAGCCAGUAGCAAAUAAUAAUAUUUUUAAGACCUCUGUUCUUUGGGGAUUUAUAUAAUGGCGGCUGUCAUCAGGGGAGACAACUGUAUCCAUGUGUUGUCAAGGUGGCAAUACUUUUCUGUUGUUGUUGUUGUUUUUUUUUUAUUUUCCCCAGAGAAUGCUGUGUCCCUUUUGUUCAAGUGAUAUUAACAGCAUAGGUUUGUUUGGUCUCUCUUUUUUUUUUUGACUCUGUUUGUCACCACCGAAAUCUUGUACACCCACCCUUGCUUGCCUUCAUCUUAACCUCCUGCCUUUUGUUUUGCUGUCCAUCAUUUUUGCUUUACUUUUUCAUCUCGUAUUAAAGUACACAAUAUAAUGUGCCAGUAAAUAGACAUUAUUGGGCAUUCAUUUUAUCAUAUCACUGAAUAAAAUGACCUUUUUUUCUUCUUUCAGGGGUAGCAUGUUCUUUUGCACUUUAUCAACACAUUAGUGACUCACUGAAUCACUUUGAGAUAUUGUCUGUUAAUCCUUGCAUGUAUUUAUCUCUUUAAGAGCAACAGCACUGUUAGAAUGUUUUGUAAAACCAUGUUUAAAGCCUUAGUCCAGAGUCAGGAGACUGGGCUAAAGUCAUUACUACUGUGAGGGAACAUAUUACAUGUUAGUUAAAGAAAGCUAACUUUGAUCUGUAUAUUUUGUCUGCUGAUGAAGUCUGUCUGUGAUUAAAGUAGUCAAAAUAA